GCCCUGUGGAAUGGUGGGGAGCACUGCUCCUUUGGGCUCAAGAUGGAGGCGUGGGUGGAUGGGUGGAUGGAUGAGUGGAGGCAUGGGUGAUUGGAUGGGUGGAUACGAGGCUGGAUGGAUGGAGGCACGAGUGGAUGGAUGGAUGGAUGGGUGGCUGGGCAAACGGCUGAGUGGGUGCAUGGCUGGACAGAUGGAGGCACGGGUUUAUUGAUGAAUGGAUGGAUGAACGGACAGAUGCGUGGGUAGAUGGAUGGGUGGCUGGAUGGACGAGUGGAUGGACAAAUGGGAGGAUGAGCGGGUGGGUGGAUGGAUGGAUGGACGGACGGAUGGGCAGGUGGGUGGGGGCCCGAUGAAUAGAGGGAACAGGACCGUGCCUGGCACAUGAGAACGGGUGGCUGCCCACGGACACACAGGCGGACGGACGGACCGAUGUACGGACAGACCUCCGCCCCGUGGCCCAUGGGGAGGCCGGGGCACCGGGCGCUGCUCCUCCUGGCCGCCAGGGGGCAGCAGCUCCGAGCGCCGCGCACACACGCAGGGAUUGGGCGCAUGGGGCCCCGCGGCGCCCCGGCAACAAGUGCUGAACUGUGAUUGGUCCGUGCCCCAGGAGGCAUCGGGAUUGGUCCCACGGCGAGAGACACAACCCACCUCCCCUUACGAUAACCAAUAGAAGUCCACGGCAGAGAGGAAUAACCAAUCAGCUCGCUCCAAGCUGCUCCGAGUCCCGCCCCCACGCGGAGAGCGGGAAAACGCGCCCGGCGGCUGGAAGCGGGGUGAUGUGGGCGGGGCUUCGCCGCCGCGCAGCCAAUAAGGAGCGCGGGCGCGUAGCAGGCCCCGGGCCGGUUCCGGUUCCCAUUCCAGUCCCGGUUCCGUGCCCGGCGCCGGUCCGGGCCCGUACACAUGGAGCCCGCCGAGGCGGAGUUCCUGGCCGAGAAGGAGCUGGUGACCAUCGUGCCCAGCUUCAGCAUGGACCGCGUGCACCUCAUCGGGGGGGAUCUGGGCCCUUUCAACCCCGGUUUGCCCGUGGAAGUGCCUGUCUGGUUGGCCAUCAACCUGAAGCAGAGGCAGAAAUGCCGGCUGAUACCCCCAGAGUGGAUGGAUGUGGAAAAGCUGGAGGAAAUUCGGGACCUAGAGCGCAAAGAGGACACCUUCACUCCAAUGCCCAGUCCCUAUUAUAUGGAACUCACAAAGCUGCUCUUAAACUACGCCUCCGACAACAUCCCCAAAGCCGACGAGAUCCGGACGCUGGUGAAGGACACGUGGGACACGCGGAUGGCCAAGCUGCGGCUGUCUGCGGACAGCUUCGUGCGGCAGCAGGAGGCCCACGCCAAGCUGGAUAACCUGACGCUGAUGGAGAUCAACACCAUCGGGACCUUCCUUACUCAAGCCUUAGACCACAUGUACAAGCUCCGGACCAACCUGCAGCCUGCCGGCAGCGCCGAGUCCCAGGAUUUCUGAGCUCCUCUCCCCACCCCAGCCCUCCAAGCACACACGUCCACCCGGCGGGCCGGCUUCCACCUCCCCCGUGCGCAUCUCCCAGAACCCCCCCGUGAGCUCCGUGAGCCGGCAGCCACGUGCAGCCCGUCCUUGGCAGCAGCUGCAGGCGGGUGAGCUUCCCCUGCUGCUCGCACACAGCCUGGGGAGGGAGCAGAGCUGGCACAGGGCAUUCCCUGCACGAGAGCUCCACGCAGCCCUCGCUCCCCCUUCGCAGAACUUUGCCUCUCCUUUUCGGUUCAGAGGCAGCUGCCAAAGGCGAGCGCGGAUACAGGUGGGGGCUUGCCAGCAUCCAGCUAAUGAUGUCGGGCAGAUCCCUCUGCCCUGCGGAGCGUGGGUGUACUUCAUAGAGGGAACUUCUGAGGGCAGCACAGGCCACACACUGGCUUGAAAGCAACGGAUUUCAAGGCGGUGCUCGGCUGUGGAUUUGCUCGGAGCCUCGAAACGGGGAAAGACGGUGCCGGCAGCGAGGGCGCUGGGAGGCACAUCCAUCUGCUCCUUGGAGAAGGACAAAAGAAAAUGGCUUUUCCCUCUCCGAGCCAGCUUGGUGGGUACUAUUAAACAUCCAAGUUUCUUUUUUUUUUUUUAAGCUGAAAUAGUGUACGAAAAAUGAAUUGCAGCCCUGAGCAGCUCCCUGCCCCAGCACCUGGGUCACUGCUGUCUGAGCAGGACCCCAAAGGGGGAGGGCAGGACCCCAAGGGGGGUGGCUGGGGGCGGUGCUGUUCUCCCAUCGCUGCUGGGGGAGAAAAUCCCUUUGCCACCCCUGAGAGGAUUUUAUGAUGAUGGUUGUUGGGGUUGUUUUUGGUUUUUUUUUUUCUGAUGUUUGCAGAAAUUACAGCCGUAUCGUCGUAAAUACCUAAUUACUACAUUCACCAAAUCACCUGUUACGUGACAAUUAAUUCAAGCAAAGACACUUAGGACAGGUGGAGGGCGUUCUUUCUUUUUUCUCUGUUAUUUGCUCUGACAACAUCUCCCUGCCCCAGCAGCUCUGCCCCCUCCUCAGCCCUCCCCGGCCCCAGCUCCUGCCCAGGGGACGAGCACAGGGACACAGCGUGGCCCCAAGGGGAGCGUGCUGGCUCAGAACCUUGAUAUUAUGGGCUGGCAUGGGGGAGGGGGGGGGAUCUCAGCAUGGAAACAGGGCUGCAACCCAGCCCUCCCCGUGCCGCCCCAUCCCUGGCCCUGCUGGCACAAGCUCUCAUCACCGUGCAGUGCCCACAGCUGCCCCAGUGCUUGGGGGGUGGGGGGGC